UAGAGCUCUAUUUUGAGGCGAGUAUGGCUCGCCACCUGUUGCUACUCUUCUGGACGCUCUGACAGUGUAUUUCCCCGUCAGACCCCGGCCUCUGGCAGUCCUUUCUGGGCGCCUGUCACUCACGCAUUGAGCCGAGCUCAAGAGUCUUUCAAUCUACUAUCUCUGCACUUCUUUUCCCUGGUAACUGCCCGGAUAUUGUGACUUUUUCCCCCCUCUUAGGAUACGUUUUCCAUUAACUUAAGUGAGAAGUUAUGGCUGAGGCCGGACACACAGAAGAUCAGCGAGAUGAGGCUGUGGAGGACGAAUUUGGGGAAAUCAUCAAGACCCGAUCUGAUGAAAGAGAAGAUGUCCAAAAGAAAACAUUCUCUAAAUGGAUAAAUUGUCAGCUGGCGAAGGCUGGGAAGCCCCCGAUUGAGGACCUCUUCACUGACCUGUGUGAUGGGCGGCGUCUGCUGGAGUUGCUUGAGGGCUUGACAGGGCAAGAACUAGCAAAAGAAAAGGGCUUUACGCGCGUUCAUUCACUCAACAAUGUGAACAGAGCACUGCAGUUCCUUCAGAAAAGCAAUGUUGAACUGGUUAAUAUAGGUGGGCUCGACAUUGUUGAUGGAAAUCACAAGCUUAUCUUGGGCCUCAUCUGGAGCAUCAUCCUGCACUGGCAGGUGAAGGAUGUGAUGAAAGAUUUGAUGGAGGGGCUACAGCAGACCAGCAGCGAGAAGAUUCUGCUGAGCUGGGUGCGGCAGUCCACCCGAGAUUACAAGCAGGUCAAUGUGGUCAACUUCUCCAGCAGCUGGUCUGAUGGGCUAGCCUUCAACGCCCUCAUCCAUAGCCACAGCCCAGAGCUGUUCGAGUGGACAAUGGUGGAGCAGCAGACAGAUAUCGAGAGACUGGACCACGCCUUCAGCAUUGCCAAGCGGCACCUGGGGAUCGAAAGACUGCUGGACCCUGAGGAUGUGGCCACGGCACACCCCGAUAAGAAGUCCAUCAUCAUGUACGUCACCUCUUUGUUCCAAGUGCUGCCUCAAGGGGUCAGUAUAGAGGCCAUCAAGGAGGUGGAGACACUGCCUGUGACCAGUGCCACACAGGAGGUGGAGGCACUUCCGCUAACUGGAGUUACACGCGAGGAGCACUUCCAAAUACAGACCCAACAACGCUUCUCCCAGCAGAUCACAGUGAGCGUGGCUCAGGGGCGGGUGCGCAGCCCCUCCCCCUCUCUUAAACCCCGCUACAAAAGCUACACCUACACGCAAGCAGCUUACGUCAAGUCACCUGAGCAAAAGAGAAGGCGCUUCACUCAGUCCCCAGAUAACCAAGCAGAGGAGGAUUCUGCGGGUAGCCCACUCCCCCGAGGGGACCCCCAGCUGGAGGGCUACCAGAGUGCCCUGGAGGAGGUGCUGACCUGGUUGCUCUCUGCGGAGGAUGGCCUGCAGGCCCAGCCUCCAAUAUCCACCCAAGUCGACGAGGUCAAGGAGCAGUUCCACACCCACGAGGGCUACAUGGUGGAGUUGACGUCACAGCAGGGCAGUGUGGGAAAGGUCCUCCAGAUGGGGAGCACGUUGCUGGCGGAGGGGCGUCUGACGGAGGACGAGGAGAAUGAGGUUCGAGAGCAGAUGAACCUGCUCAACACCCGCUGGGAGCACUUGCGCGUGGCCAGCAUGGAGCGACAGAGCAGGUUACAUGAGGCUCUGAUGGACUUGCAACACCAGCAGCUAAAGCAGCUCACAGACUGGCUGGAGCUGACAGAAUCCAGAAUCAGGCGAAUGGAGGCAGAGCCUUUGGGUCCCGACCUGGAGGAUGUGAAGCACCAAGUCGAGGAGCACAAACUUCUCCAGGAAGAUCUGGAGACAGAGCAGGUGCGUGUGAACUCCCUCACCCACAUGGUGGUGGUGGUGGAUGAGAACAGUGGAGACAGCGCCACCGCAGCCUUGGAGGAGAAACUGCAGCACCUGGGGGACAGGUGGGCAGCAAUAUGCAAAUGGACAGAAGAGCGCUGGGUCCUGCUGCAGGAGAUUCUACUCAAGUGGCAGCAUUUCACUGAGGAGCAGUUUCUGUUUGAUUCCUGGUUGGUUGAGAAGGAGGAGCUUGUCAACACAAUCCAGAGCAGUGGCUUCAAGGAGCACAGUGAGAUGGUUGCCAGCCUGAAGAAGCUUGCUGCUGUGAAGGCGGAUCUAGAGAUGAAGAGGGAGACGAUGGACAAGCUGUGCUCCCUCAGCCAGGACCUGCUUUCCAGCGUCAGGAACAAGGAGGUGGCCCACAAACUAGAGGCGCGGCUUGAGAACCUGGCCCAACGCUGGGACAAACUGGUGCACACACUGGAGAAGAACAGCUCCCAGAUUUCGCUAGCUGUCACCACGGCGCAGACCGAAUUGACACAGACCUCCGUCAUGACGACUGUAACCAAGGUGACUAGGCGGGAGCAGGUUGCAGUGAAGCAUACGAAGGGGGAGAUGCCUCCUCCCCCCCAGAAGAAGAGACAAAUUGUAGUGGACUCUGAGCUUCGGAAAAGGUUUGACGCGGACUUCACUGAGCUGCACAGUUUCAUGACCCGGUCUGAGGCCACCUUGCAGAGCCCCGAGUUCUCCGGCGCUGGCAAAGAGGGCAGUGUGGCAGAUCUGCACGAGAGAGUGCUGGCGAUAGACAGGGAGAAGCCAGAGAAGUUGAGGAAACUGCAAGAGGCCACUCGCUCUGCGCAGGCUCUGGUGGAUCAGCUGGCCAGUGAGGGCCUGGGUGCCGAUGAUAUAGAGCAGGCUGCGAAGCAGUUGAACAGCCGCUGGGUAGAGUUCUGUGCUCUGCUGGAGGAGAGACUGUCGUGGCUGGCCUACCAGACAAAGGUGCUGGCAUUUUACAACCAGUUCCAGCAGCUAGAGCAGGCUGUGGUGACUGCUGAGAACUGGCUGAAGGUCCAGCAGCCACCUGCGUCCGACCCAGCGCUACUGAGGGUCCAGCUGGAGCGCUGCAGGGAUGAGCUGGCACGUCUCUCCUCCCUGCAGCCACAGGUGGACCAGCUGAAGGACCAGGUGAAGGAGCUCCGGGAGAAGGGAGAAGCACACGUCCUGUUCGAUGCCGACAUCGUGUCUUUCACAGAACACUACAGGCAGGUUCUGUCAGACCUGCAGGCCCGGGAGAAGCAGCUGAUGCUGGUCCAGGAAAGCCUGCCACCCCCGCGAUAUAAGGAGACCAUCACCUCGUUGCUGGCCUGGCUCCAGCAGUGUGAGACCCAGCUGUCUGUCCCAUCCUCAGCUGUCACCCACUACCCCGUCAUGGAGCAAAGACUGAAGGACAUCCAGGCUCUCCAGGGGACGCUGCAGGAGCGCCAGAGCGAUCUGGACUAUCUGACGGCCACCAUGGAGCAGGUGUGCCAGAAAGCCCCGCCCGAGGUCGGCCACAGGUACCGCGUGGAGCUGGAGCCCAUCGCUCUGCGCUGGCGGAAGCUGUCCGAGCUGCUGUCGGAGCGGGCGCAGACGCUGCAGAACCUGAUGGAGAAACUGCAGCAGUUCCAGAAUGACACAAAGACCCUGAAGAAGUGGAUGGCGGAAGUGGAUGUGUUCUUGAAUGAAGAAUGGCCAGCGCUCGGCGACUCAGAGGCUCUGGAGAAACAGCUGGAGCAGUGCACGGCUCUUGUAAAUGACAUCAACACCAUCCAGCCCAGCCUGAAUGGCAUCAAUGAGGUGGGCCACGCCCUAAAGAGGGAGGCAGAGCCAGCCUUCGCCAGCAAGCUGCAGAAAGAGAUCGCAGAGCUCAAUGCCCAGUGGGAGAACAUCUGUAAACAGGCUUAUGCAAAGAAGUCAGCUCUGAAAGGCGGCUUGGACCGCACCGUGAGCCUUCGGAAAGACCUCUCAGAGAUGCAGGAGUGGAUCAACCAGGCAGAGGAGGAGUUCCUGGAGCGGGACUUCCAGUACAAAACCCCGGAGGAGCUGCGCAAGGGCGUGGAGGAACUGAAGAGGGCUCAGGAGGAGGUGGCUCAGAAGGAGGUGAAGGUGAACCUGCUGACAGAGUCAGUGAACAGCUUCCUCUCCAAGGCCCCACCGGCUGCUCAUGAAGCCCUCACCGCCGAACUGCAAGUCCUGACCAACAACUACCAGCGCCUCUGCAGCCGUCUCAACGGGAAGGUCAAGACCCUGGAGGAAGUUUGGGCUUGCUGGGGGGAACUGCUUUCCUAUCUGGAGCAGGAGAACAACUGGCUGGAUGAGCUAGAGAAGAAGCUGCAAGAGACAGAGAACAUCCAAGGAGGAGCGGAAGAGAUCUCUGAAGCUCUGGAUGCUUUGGAGACCUUGCUUCGUCACCCAGAGGACAAUCGGACCCAGAUCGGAGAGCUGGCCCAGACGUUGAUGGACGGUGGGGUCCUGGAUGAGAUCAUUAAACAGAAGCUGGAUGCAUUUAACACACGCUGGGAGGAGCUCAUGAGGCUGGCAGUACAGCGGCAGCAGCAGCUGGAGAGGAGCAUCCAGUGGGCCCAGGAGAACGACAAGGCUCUGCGUCUCAUCCAGGAGUCCCUGCUGGCCACCGACCGGCACCUCUCCGCCUACAUUGCUGACCACAUCGAUGCCAGCCAGAUACCACAAGAGGCUCAGAAAAUCCAGGCAGAGCUGACCAGCCAUGAGCAGAGUCUGGAGGAGAUGAAGAAGAAGAACGAGGCAAGGGAUCCAUCGGAGAGGAUUCGCUCCCAGAUUGACAUGACACAGAAAAAGCUCCAGGAGGUGUCCACCAAGUUCCGGAUCUUCCAGAAACCGGCGAACUUCGAGAAGCGUCUGCAGGAUUGCCAGCGGGUCCUGGACGAGGUGAAGGCACAGCUCAGCGUGCUGGGGAUCCGCAGCGUGGAGCAGGACGUGGUGCAGUCCCAGCUGGACCAGUGCAUGAAGUUUUACAAGAGUCUGAGUGAAGUGAAGGCGGAGGUGGAGACGGUGAUAAAGACGGGGCGCCAGAUCGUGCAGAGGCAGCAGACGGAGAACCCCAAAGAGCUGGACGACCGUCUGACCGCUCUCAAGCUGCUGUACAACGAGCUGGGAGCCCAGGUGACGGAGGGGAAGCAGGAGCUGGAGAAGAUUCUCAAGUUGUCGCGGAAACUGCGGAAGGAGGUGAACAGUCUGACGGAAUGGCUGGCUGCGACGGAUGCGGAGCUGACCCGGAGGUCAGCGGUUGAGGGCAUGCCCAGUGACUUGGAUGCUGAGGUGGCCUGGGCUAAGGCCACACAGAAAGAGACGGAGCGGCACCAGCCCCAGCUGCAGGGCGUGACCGAGCUGGCCAACGCCCUGAAGGCCAUGCUCCAGGGGCAGGAGAGUCUGGUGGACGACAAGGUCAGUCUGCUCAACUGCAACUGGAUCGCGGUGACGUCCCGCAGUGAGGAGUGGCUCAACCUGCUGCUAGACUACCAGCGUCAGAUGGAAUCACUGGAUCAGAACAUUGCCCAGAUCACCGCCUGGAUGUACCGAGCCGAGAUCCUGCUGGAUGAGGCCGACACCCAGGCCGCCACUGACCAGGUGCUAAAGGGUUUGCGGGCGGAGCUGGAGGACAUGCGUGUGAAGGUGGAGGGGGUUCAGGCGCAGGCUGCGGACCUGGUAAAGAACAGAGGGGAGCAUUGUCGGGCCCUGGUCGAGCCCAAAGUGGAGCAGCUCAGCCAGCGCUUUGAGGAGGUCUCCCGGAGGAUCAAAACAGGACAGACUGCGGCCUCAGCCAAGGAGGUGGAGCAGUACCACAGUGAGGCUCGAAUCUGGCUAGACCUGCUGGAGGAGGAGGUGCAGCAGGGGGAGAACUUGAAGGAGGAGGAUUUCCAGCAAGAUGGAGACUGUGAAGAAGGAGCAGUGAAGGAACUUCUGGAGAAGGGAGAGAACCUGCAGAAGAGAGUCCCUGACGGGGAGAAGAGAGAGGAGAUCCGCAUCAAACACCACCAGCUGCACAGCAAGUACAACACUGUGAAGGACCUGAGGGCGUUGCGGAAGAGGAAGGCUCUCGCGAUCGCCCCUCAGUGGUACCAGUACCGCAGGAAGUCAGACGACCUGCUGCAGUGGCUGGAUGACAUCGAGCGGAGUGUAGCUGAGCUGCCUGACCCUCCACAGGAGCAGAGGGUAAAGGAGAUUGGCUCGGAGCUGGAGCAGAAGAGUGUGGAGCUGAGCGAGUUGCGGGUGCAGGCCCAGGUGUUGACUGAUGGGGGCGCUGGAAAGCUCGUGGAGCCUCGCCUCACCCAGCUCAACAAACGCUGGGAGGAGGUUGAGGUCAAAUUCGCCCCUUUCCGGCGUUCCAUACAACGUGAGGCAUACUUGUCUGAACUGCGAGACCUGCUGCACUCCAUUGCUGAGACAGAGUUCCUGCUCAACUCCCCUGAGUACUGGGCGGCGGUGUACCAUGAUCUGCCCAAGCAGGAGCAGUGCCUUCAGGAAGUAAAGCAGAGACUGGAGAAGCUGAAGCCCCAGGUGGAGAGUGCCCAGGGCAGGAAGGAGGAGAUUCUCCGCUCUGCCUCUCCUCUAGAGACCCAGCACGUUCAGGAGACGCUGCAGCUGCUCGGCACCAACUGGGAGAAGGUUAACAAGCUGCACCGCGACCGCCUAGCACGCUUCGAGUCAUCCCAGGAGAAGUGGAACAGUUUCAGCACAGACAUGAAGGCCCUGAGUCAGUGGCUCACCGAUGCGGAGCAGACACUGGAGCAGGCGGAGCGUGACCCUGUCCACAGCAGAGAGCGUCUGAAGGAGCUGCAGAGCGCCGUGAUCACUCAGGAGGGCGUGGUGGCCCGUCUGAGGAGGGCAGGUGAGGAGAUCGUCCCGCAGAGCAGGCAGGAGGAUGGCGUCCUGCUCAGGGAGCGGCUCGGCGCGCUCUACACACGCUGGGAGGAGGUGUGUCGUCAGAUCGCCGAGAGGAAGAGGAGGUCGUCAGAGCUGCGUCACGCUGUGUCUGAGCUGCAGGAGGACCUGAGCGAGUUCCAGUCCUGGCUGGAGGAGGCAGAGAGCAUCAGCUCCAUCGUCCUGCAGCCAGGAGACCAGGACCAGCUGAAGGCAUCGCUGGAGAAAGUGCAGACACGGGUACAGGAACUGCCUCACAGGAAGGAGACGCUUAAGGAGCUCAAUGAGAGAAAGGUCUUCACAUCACUUCCUGCCCAGAAAGAGACACUAAAGACCGACCUGCAGCUCAUCAAUACACGCUGGACUAAGGUGUCCAGAGAGCUUCCAGCGAAAGAGCAGGAGAUCUUGAAUCUGCUGAAGGACAUUUCGCAGUUCCAGGAUCAGCUCUCGCAGCUUUCACUCUGGGCCUCCAGCACCAAAGAGCAGCUGCAGGUCUGCAGGCAAACAGGCGACACAAAGGAGGUCGAGGAUGCUGUCCAGGCCAAACAGCCAGAAGUGGAGGGAGUCUUGGCCAAGGCUCAGCUCCUGUACAAGGAGAGGCCCCCCACCCAGCCUGUGAAGGGGAAAUUUGAAGACCUCAGUGUGGAUUGGAGAGCCAUCUUAGAGCUACUGAAAGAAGUGAAAGAAAAACAAAGGGCUGCGGCUGCCACCCCUGAUACUGUUCGGGAGAGGGUGACAGAGACUCUGACUGGCAGUGCCACAAUGGCUGAAAUGUCAUCCUCUGUGCUCCUGGAGAUGCCUGCCCUGGCACACUUCAACAAAUCCUGGGUCGAGCUCACCGAUUGGCUGUCCCUGCUUGACCAGGCGGUCAAGACCCAGAGGGUCACAGUGGGAGACUUGGAAGAGAUCAAUGACAUGAUCGUGAAGCAGAGGGCUACACUGCAGGACCUGGAGCAGAAGCGCCCCCAGCUGGACAGUCAGAUCACUGCAGCUCAGAACCUGAAGAACAAAACCAGCAAUCAGGAGGCACGUGCCUUCAUCACCGACCGCAUUGAUAAAUUACAGACACAGUGGGAAGAGGUACAAGUCCGGCUGACAGACAGGUGCUCACAGCUCCAGCACAUGCUGAAGGAUUCAAAACAUUGGCUGGAUGCAAAGCAGGAGGUGGACCCUCUGCUGAAGAGAGCCAAUGACAAGCUGGAGUCCUGGAGGGAGAUCUCCUAUACAGUGGAUGCAUUGAAGAAGCAGAAUGCAGACCUAAAGCACUUUGUGAAAGAGCUGCAGCAGUGGCAAGUGUCUGUGGACGUGGCUAAUGACCUGGCGCGCGAGCUUCUGAAACGUUACGCCUCUGACGACACCAGCAAGGUCAACAUGCUGACGGACAACAUGAACGUCACCUGGGCCAACAUCAACAAGAGGGUGGGGGACAGAGAGGCGGCACUGGAAGCCGCUCUCCGCCUCCUGCAGCAGUUCUAUCUGGAUCUGGAGAAGUUCCUGAACUGGCUGACAGAGGCGGAGACCACGGCCAACGUGCUGCAGGACGCCACCCACAAGGAGGGGCUGCUGGACGACCCGGCCAUCGGACACCAGCUGCUGGCGCAGUGGCAGGAGCUCCAGACAGAGAUCCAGGCUCACACCGAGGCCUUCCACACCCUGGACGAAAACGGCAAGCGCAUCCUGACCUCACUGGAGGGGUCAGAGGACGCGACGCUGCUGCAGAGACGGCUGGACAACAUGGGCCAGCGCUGGAACGAGCUGCGCAGCAAGUCCCUGAGCAUCAGGUCUCAUCUGGAUGCCAGCACACAGCAGUGGAAGCGUGUGCACCUGUCUCUGCAAGAGCUGAUCACCUGGCUGCACCUGAAGAGUGAGGAGCUGGAGCAGCAGGCACCUGUAGGGGGCGAUGUCCCUACUGUGCAGCGGCAACUCGACACACAUAGGGCCUUUAGGAGGGACGUUAGGGCCAAAGAGCCAGCAGUGACCAGUGCGCUGGAUGCUGUGAGGGUCUUUCUGUCCGAGCAGCCCGCUGAGGUAGCAGGGAGAUCACCGACAGACCAAGGAGAGGUCAGCCCGGAGGAGCGUGCUCAGAAUAUGGGGCGUGUCCUGCGGAAGGAGGCGGAGGACGUGCGCACAGGCUGGGAUGGGCUUCGGGAGCGAACGGCGGACUGGCAGCAGCGGCUGGACCAGGCGCUGGAGAGGCUGCUGGAGCUGCAGGAGGCUGAGGACCAGCUGGAGCUGAAGCUGCAGCAGGCUGAGAUGGUCAAAGAGUCCUGGGAGCCAGUAGGGGAUCUGCUCAUCGACUCCCUACAGGAUCACAUUGAUAGGAUAAAAGCUUUUCGAGUAGAGAUAGCCCCCAUUAAGGAGAACGUAACUCAGGUGAAUGAUCUUGCCUCCACCUUUGGCCCCAUGGGAAUCCAGCUCUCACAGUACAACAUCAACAGGCUGGAUGACCUCAAUACACGAUGGAAGCUUCUACAGGUUUCCAUUGAAGAACAUUUCAGACAGCUGAAUGAAGCCCACAGGGACUUUGGCCCCCAAUCCCAGCACUUCCUGCACCCUUCCGUGCAGCCUCCAUUUGAACGCUCGGUCUCACCCAACAAUGUGCCCUACUACAUUAAAAAAGAGAUCACAGGACCUGAGGAGAUGACCCGGAUCCAGACAGACCACCAGACACAGACCACCUGCUGGGACCAUCCCAAGAUGGCGGAGCUGUACCAGUCUCUGGCUGACCUGAACAACGUGCGGUUUUCCGCCUACAGGACAGCCAUGAAGCUCCGCAGGCUGCAGAAAGCCCUGUGCUUGGACCUCCUGGGUAUGUCGGCUGCCCACGAAGCUUUCGACCAGCACAACCUGAAGCAGAACGAGCAGGUGAUGGACAUCAUGCAGGUCAUUAACUGCCUGACCAGCAUGUAUGAUCGCCUGGAACAGCAGCACAGCAGCCUGGUCAACGUGCCCCUGUGUGUGGACAUGUGUCUCAACUGGCUGCUCAACGUCUACGACACAGGCCGGACAGGAAAGAUCCGCACCCUGUCCUUCAAAACUGGUAUUAUUUCACUCUGUAAAGCACAUCUGGAGGACAAAUAUAGAUUUCUGUUCAGGCAAGUGGCUGGCCCGACGGGUAUGUGUGACCAGCGUCGACUGGGCCUUCUGCUGCACGAGUCUAUUCAGAUCCCCCGCCAGCUGGGCGAGGUGGCGUCCUUCGGAGGGAGCAAUAUCGAGCCCAGUGUGCGCAGCUGCUUCCAGUUCGCCAAUAACAAGCCAGAGCUGGAGGCUUCCGUGUUCCUGGACUGGAUGCGCCUGGAGCCCCAGUCCAUGGUGUGGCUCCCGGUGCUGCACCGCGUGGCGGCUGCUGAGACUGCCAAACACCAGGCCAAGUGCAACAUCUGCAAGGAGUGCCCCAUCAUUGGCUUCAGAUACAGAAGCUUAAAGCACUUUAACUAUGACAUCUGCCAAAGCUGUUUCUUCUCUGGACGCGUUGCCAAGGGACACAAAAUGCAGUACCCGAUGGUGGAGUACUGCACUCCGACGACUUCAGGGGAGGACGUGCGGGACUUUGCCAAGGUGCUGAAAAACAAAUUCAGGACAAAGCGCUACUUUGCCAAGCACCCGCGGAUGGGCUACCUCCCUGUGCAAAGCGUCCUGGAGGGAGACAACAUGGAGACUCCUGUUACACUGAUCAACUUCUGGCCUGUAGAUUAUGCGCCCGCUUCCUCACCCCAGCUGUCCCAUGAUGACACUCACUCCCGAAUCGAGCAUUACGCCAGCAGACUAGCUGAAAUGGAGAACCGGAACGGGUCGUAUCUGAACGACAGCAUCUCGCCAAACGAGAGCAUCGAUGAUGAACACCUGCUGAUCCAACAUUACUGCCAGAGUCUGAACCAGGAGUCUCCCCUUAGCCAGCCCCGCAGCCCUGCCCAGAUCCUCAUCUCCUUGGAGACCGAGGAAAGAGGAGAGCUAGAAAGGGUCCUGAACGAUCUGGAAGAGGAGAAUAGGAAUUUGCAGGCAGAGUAUGACCGUCUGAAGCAGGCUCACGACCGCAAGGGCCUGUCCCCCCUGCCGUCGCCCCCGGAGAUGCUGCCCGUGUCGCCCCAGAGCCCCCGGGACGCCGAGCUGAUCGCGGAGGCCAAGCUGCUGCGCCAGCACAAGGGCCGGCUGGAGGCGCGCAUGCAGAUCCUGGAGGACCACAACAAGCAGCUGGAGUCACAGCUGCACCGCCUCAGACAGCUCCUGGAACAGCCGCAGACAGACCCCAAGUUGAAUGGCACAGCUCUGUCGUCCCCCUCUACCUCCUCCCAGCGCUCCGACACCAGCCUCCCCCUCCUGCGCGUAGCAGCCAGCCAGACCACUGAGACCAUGGGUGAGGAUGAGCUGGCCAGCCCAGCCCAGGACUCGAGCACCGGUCUGGAGGAGGUUAUGGAGCAGCUGAACAACUCCUUCCCCCACAGCCAGGGCCUCUGUGUGGGAAGCCUCUUCCACAUGGCGGACGACCUGGGCCGGGCCGUGGAGUCUCUGGUCAGUGUGAUGACGGACGAGCACGGGCCAGAGUGACGGGGCUCCCCCUGCUCCCACAGCAUGCUUUUAUAGUGAGAACAACUGGAAUGGACACCUUUACAAAGAGAAAAAAAAAUACAUCUAUUUUUGUCAAAGAUCAUGGUUACAAACUUGUAGAAUUCAGUAGUUUCUUAAGUCUAAAAAAAAUGUUUUAUUAACAAAGGCAGGUUUUUACACUUCUAUGCAAUUGUACAAAAACACUUCGGAACUAUGUGUGAAAUGAUUUGCCGUUUCUUUGUAUGGAGCGCAUUUCGGAUCGUUCAAAAAAAAAAGUUUGUAACAAUUAAAAAAAGAUUGUAAACUAAAGGAUGCUUUAUAUGACAUACAUUUAUUUAUGGAAAAACACAAAAAAAACUUUUAAAGGCAAUGCAUUUGUUGUGCAACUUUAUAGCUCUGUGUGUAUGUGUGUGUGUGUGAGAAAUGUUCACCUUAACAGUGUUGAUGUUCUUGCAUUAGAAGAAAAACACAAGUAUCGUUACCAAAUUACCCACCCAAGUCAUUGAUUUUUCUUUAGUUUCAUCAUGUCUCCCGAUUUCCUAGCAUAAGUUCCUCCUCUUUGGUCAGCAGUAUUGUCACUGACCAUGACUCAGAUCCUACUGUUUUCACGUAAAUGAUCAGGUAGGCUGAUCUUGGGUCAGUAAGGGGCAGGAUGUACCCAGAGCAUUUUUUUUCCAUUGAGUUUAGUUGACCAGAUUAUUUUCCCUGUUGCGUUUUGAUACUUUACAAAGUAGCGUCUUCGGAAAACGUUUUGGAAGAGUUUUAUAAUGAAGCAAUGAUCGUGUAUUGUAAUGUUUUUACAGGAUGAGAAAGGGAGACUUGUUUCUAAUGUGUAUGAAAUCUGCUGAAAGUGAGAUUGAAGGUAAUAACUUGUAAUGAAUAACGUGCUUGAAAGCAGUGGUUUUUUCCAGUCACAGAGGAGAUUAUAUUAAUGGAAACGAGUCUUUUCCAAGCACACUGAGUGAUGGAUGUGUGGAAGAGGAGUGUGUUCCUGUACACGGAUCCCCGGCCAUUCUUCCAAUCAUGCAAGUUCUACCUCAGUUAUUUUUUUCGGUACACUGUCCAACGGCGUUCUCCAUUUUACCUGAGCGAGAUUGCGGUGAAAUUUCCAACUAUAGCAUCUCUGCGGUAUUUUGAGUAGUGAAUGUCUAGAGUCAAACUUACUGUAUCACCCCAUAUAUUUGUGUUUUAAUUCAAACAUUGUACUCCUAAUUGCAUUUUUAUUUAAUCACGUUUGUUUUCACAGAUAAGGGAUUUGGAGUUCACCCACUGCUCUCUUUAAUACACUACAUUUUUUUCUUUGAAAUGCAUUUGUUCUUUUGAAGUUAAUGCUUUGUUGAUGCUUCAAAUGGGGGAAAAUGUAUUUAACCACAAAGUACUAAAUGUAACCCUUAAUUUUACCGUAUACUCAGAAGAAAAUAUUAAGAAUAAAUCAAACUGACACCUCUCACAGUGACAGCAUGUUCCAGGACAUUAAAUUCACCAUCUCAUGUAUUCAUUUCUAACUCCAAUGUUAUCACUGUCAUUUGUCUUCAUUCUUUUAAACGCUCAUGUCACGUUACAUAUUUUCCUUCAAAACAUAUCAAAUGCCACCAAAUAUAUGCCUUACUACUGUAUUAUAAAUAGCUUUACUGUGUAUAUCAAUAAAGCACGCAGUUAUGUUAA